AUGGAUUAGAGUAAGUCAUUAUUUUGCAUAGAAAUUGACUGUGAUGUAGUUAACAAGAGCGCAUUGCCGGUUUGGUAGAAGUACAAAGUACUAGUAGUCGAGUCGAGGCGAGAUGGAUGACGUUGGGGCAUGUCAUGUGCCUUCUUGGUUUGUUUGCAGCGAACUGGAACCAAGUACUACUUACUAUCCUUCUCUUCCACAUUGUAUGUACUCGUUCCCAUCUUUGUGCUUCAACAUCACAUCCUACUGAUUCAACGAUAUGGCUCAGUGAGAUAAACAGGGAAAUUAUGGUGUUCCCUAAUGACUGCCAAACCCCUCCUCCAGUUCUCUUAUGCAGGUGCAGUCACAACUCACAACAGUACUAGUAGUAGGUAAAUCACAACUACUUACAGUCUCCCAGUUUGCUCCACCUGGGCGCUUCGCACUCUGGUUGGACAGUCCCGAGCAUUUCUUCCAAUGAAAAUGAAUGGCCAUAGUCACA